AUGGAUGAUGACACAAAGUCUGAAGAUAAAAAGAACGAGAAUGAUGUUGAGGAGCAAAUGCAAGCAAGCACGGAGGAUAACGUACAAUCAACAGAUGAAAAGAAAGAAGAUAGCUUUAUGGAUGGAUUAGCUAAACGAUUAGCAAACAUGCAUACGGAUGCAAAAUCAGCUAGUCCUGUAGCUUGGAGUAAAUCUAACAUGGCAGAAGUCUUCUUCUCGAGGAUGAAAGAAAAAGAUGGAAUUUCUUAUAGUGCAAUGAUCCUCGGAACUCUAAAAGUAGGAACCACUGCCGCUUACAAUGCGUUGCUUCAAAGUAUUGUUUAUGAAAUAAUACCGCCAAAGCGUUGGAUUUCCGCUGAGCAACUUGUGCAUCAUAUGCAAGACGAACCAGCGGUCUCUCCAGAUCUAGGUAAAAACAUUUAUAACAUUGCUAAAAUUGGCUCUCCAUUCGAACCAAUCAAAGAUGAAGAGCCUAGUUUAGCCGUAUUCGAUAACAUGUUGAAGGCCUGUCGAGUGAACUUUAUGAAUACGAUAGUCCAAGUGGCAGUGAAGUUAGAUGAUGCAGAUUUAGCUGUCAGAAUUUUCAAAUUAGCCGACGAUAAUUGGCAAUUCGUAAAAAGUGACAGAGAUUUCUUGUCGUCCUUCCUCGCAAUAAUAUGCUCGAAUGUAGAACCCGAAUUAGUUUGGAAUUGCUAUAGUGCUAUUGUACCAAAGUCUUUAAAUAUAUGCAGACAAGUAGCUACAGAAUGUUUCCAAGCGACACAGCGCACUGCUAAUCCUGCCACGCUGUCCUCAUUUAUGCUUGGAGAAUUGAUACGACUCAAUGUCGUUUGCGGACAUCUCGACGAAGCUUGGAAACUUGCUAAGGAACGUACUAACUUUAAAGUUCAAUUAAAUUUCACAGCAUUGCAAGCGUUAUUUGUUGGCAGUGUUGCAGCUUCAGAUGCACCUGCUACUAAAAAAAUUUGUCGAUCAAUUUUUGCUGCUGGAUAUUAUUUACCAGACACAAUGCUGGAUAAAGUGCAACAAAGUGUAAACUUUGACAACGCAGACCUGAAAAAUAUUAAAUCCCUUUUUAAUUUAUCAAAAGAAAACGGAGGUAAUGACUUCACGCUCGGUCUACAGUAG